CUUCAACAUCCGGACCUCGAGCGAUGCGGGUGUUUCGAGCGACGGACGAUGGACCAGCGGACGAGUUGGUCGAGGUGGCGAAUGGCCGCGCGUCAUGCGUCCUCAAGAUAGCGGCCCCUGGCGAGGACGGCCAGCGCUGCGUGUAUUACGAGGACGCUAUGCUUGGCCACGUGCAGCGGUUCCCGACCCCGCAUGACCUACAAGCCAUGUUGCAGCGCCACGUACGGGAGGGCCUGAACACCCUUCCAGGCUGGCGUGCGGUUUUCCACCAAAUCGAUCGCGACUACGACAGCUUUGUCGUUUCAGCUCACUCGUCGCUCUUUGGGUCAAGCGAAAUCGAGAUAGAGCUGCGCGUCGCGGGCCAUUGCAUCCGCAUCGGCUGUGGCCUUGGCUUCGCCUUGACACGGGCCAACGCCUUUCUCGACCACGACGAUACUUCGCAUGACGUGCUAUGUGAUGACCGCUCGCUCGAGACGUGUCUCGAUCGCAUCCAGUUGAUGCUUCACGACCAGAAGCGCAUGCGACAGGGCUUCGUCGAAAGCAUUCGCGCCCACGCCGUAGUGCUCCAGGUCGAUACGACCAACUAUCUGCAAUUCGUGGUUCUCGUUCAGCACGACGUGACGUCGCAUGCCUGGAUCGACAUUGUCGAGGUGACGCUGCCCCUUCUCUGGGGCCUUUUCGACUCGGACGCGGGUCACAUCCGUGGCUUUCACGUAAAGCUCCGUCUUGUGAGCCCCCUCGGCAAAACCGAAUACGAGAUAUCGGCAGACGCGCGCAAUCAGAUCGCAAGGCUUAUGGAGUCUACGGACGCCGACACCGCGACGUUUGUUCCAUGGCUUUUGAACGUUCUCCAAGAGCGGUUUGCAAUGGUGCAGGAUGACAUCAAUUGUUGAUUUAAUGCAGCUUCCAUUUAAGUGCCGAGA